UCUCUCUCUCUCUCUCUCUCUUACUCUCCCUCUCUCUCUCUCUCUCUCUCUCUCUCUCACUCUCUCUAUCUCUCUACCUCUGUUAUUCGAUUCUUCGUAAAACGAUCGACAGCUUUUACGACGACGACGAGAGAACGACAGUUGCGCGUCCUCCAUCGUCGUUCCAGGGGUUUCCUCGAGGAAUCGUGCUCGAAAAGAGAGAAAGAGAGAAAAAAAAGGGUCUACAGUGGAUAGAUUCGUGAACGACGUAAACUCGGUAAAAAAAAGAAAGAGAGAGAGAGAUAGAGAGAGAGAGACGAGGAAUAGAGAAAAAUUGAGUGUCCGUAGCCACCGACGCGUGCGAUGACGAAAAAAUACUAUUAUUGUUAUUACCAAAGGAAAAGAGAUAAUUCAGUGAUUUGUGUCUAAAGUUCGUCAAACUUGUAUUUAAAGAUCGAUGAUACGUCGCGACAAACUGGAUCGACUUCGGAUCGAUGAUCUCUCGAUCGGUUACUUUCUUGUAGCUUUGAUCGUAUAUGUGAGAAAACAACAUUGCAGUAGAAUCAUAUCGUCGUGACGACGUCAAGCUAAUAUACGAAAGGAUUUGUUAAUUCGUCAACGAAGAUAAAAAGGUUUGCGAUCUGGAUUGGCUGUGGGAGCCUCGAUUUAAGUAUAGACGACGAUAACAAGGACGCAGUGAAUAAGGGCGAGAAAAAUCGGCACGAUAGAAUGUGCAGCUGUUCGGAAUGACGAGACACUCUCUGAUGAUUCUAUGCUGCUAUCUUUAUACCCUCUUUGACAUGGCAGCUUUACAUUUUCCUUUCAGCGAGAAAGUAUGCGAACCGGUUCUUUCCACGGAGGUCGAAGGGUGGCAUAUUAAAGUCGAUAGCCUAUCGUCUAGUACAAUUCGACUUUCGGCGAGAAAGCGCGGGUACCGGUUUUUUCCGAAGAUCGAAAGAGAAGCCGACCAAGAGGAUUAUGGUAGAAAAGAGGUAUCUCUAUCGUUAAGAGAUAUCCUACCGAUAAAUCCAAAGCAAUAUGACAAGCACAGAGCACCAAAAUUCUUGGGACAGCCUACCAUCGUUUAUUUUCACGUCACGGUUCUCAGCCUCGAUUCUAUUAACGAAGAAUCUAUGACCUACGUCGCUGACAUUUUCUUGGCUCAAAGCUGGCGCGAUUCUAGAUUAAGAUUACCAGAGAAUAUGUCGGAAGAAUAUAGAAUAUUGGACGUUGAUUGGUUGAACAACAUUUGGCGACCGGAUUGUUUUUUCAAAAAUGCGAAGAAGGUCACUUUUCACGAAAUGUCCAUACCAAAUCAUUAUCUCUGGCUUUAUCACGAUAAAACGUUACUUUAUAUGUCCAAAUUGACUCUGGUACUAUCUUGUGCAAUGAAAUUCGAAUCGUAUCCUCAUGAUACUCAAAUCUGUUCGAUGAUGAUAGAAAGCUUAUCUCAUACGACCCAAGAUUUGGUCUUCAUAUGGAACAUGACUGAUCCGUUAGUAGUAAAUCCCGAAAUUGAACUGCCACAGCUUGAUAUAUCGAACAACUAUACGACCGAUUGUACGAUCGAGUAUUCGACCGGAAACUUUACGUGUAUUCAGAUCGUCUUUAAUUUAAGAAGAAGAUUAGGGUACCACCUGUUUCAUACGUACAUACCUUCGGCUCUUAUCGUCGUCAUGUCCUGGAUUGCCUUCUGGAUUAAACCCGAAGCAAUUCCAGCUCGCGUUACGCUCGGUGUGACGUCACUCCUCACACUAGCAACUCAGAAUACACAAUCCCAACAAUCGCUACCACCUGUCUCCUAUGUGAAAGCCAUUGAUGUGUGGAUGUCAUCGUGCAGCGUCUUUGUCUUCCUGUCUCUCAUGGAAUUCGCUGUGGUUAAUAACUACAUGGGUCCUGUUGCAACGAAAGCUAUGAAGGGUUACUCCGAUGAGGAUCUUAGGGAAGCUAUCGAUGAAUUUAAGACUCCGAUGAGGCCCGAUUCCGAAAGAAGCAGAAGUCCAGUAAGACCACCUACCGUUCAGUAUGAUACUUGUUGUCAGGGAAGGGCAACAGCAAUUUACAUCGACAAAAUCUCCAGAUUCUUCUUUCCCUUCUCAUUUUUCAUCUUGAACGUCGUUUAUUGGAGCACCUUUCUAUAAAACAAGAAGAAUCUUCGCCACGUUGCCGAUCGAUCGAUCAAUUAACAAACAGAGACAUUCGAAAUUGAAGAAAAUAUGAUUUAGAAGUGCCUUUUAUACAGAGUAUUGAUAAAGAAUUGGCUGAUAUUCUCAAAACUUAUAGUUUAGUUUGAAAUAAUGAAACAAAGUUUAUAUGAAUGUGUGUGUUUUAUGAGAUACAUCAUCUAUCACAUUAAUAUUAAUUAUCUAUAAUUAUAUAAUAAUCAUUUUAAAAGAAAUGUUUGAUAUCCCAUGAAAAGAGAAAAAAAAAAAAAAAAAAAGAAAAAAUACGAACAAAUUUAUCGAAUUUGCUAUAGCAUCAGAAAUCAUAUAUAACAUAUAUUUAUAAAAACUCUUCAUUAUUUUAGCCUAAACAACUUUAUUAUUAUCCUGUAUAAAAUCUAUACUUACAAAUCGUAUCAAUAAAUCAAUAUUAACUUA